AUGAUACCGCCUAACAAGAGAAAUGCUAGAAUUUUGAGCAUUACGAUGCUACUUUUGCUGUUAGUAUUCUUUAUAGUACAGAAUGCGAACUUUUUGACAAUAGAGACAAAGGAGGAGAAGCCUUUCCAAGUAUUCAGUACUAACAUGGAUAGUUUAUCCGUAGGAUCGUCGAAGAAACUCGCUACUGAGCCGACGUCCGCCAUUAAAAAAGGGAGUUCUGAAGUAGAUGAAGAAAUUAAUGAAAUAAAACAGAAGGUGGGACUGCAGCAGCCCAUAGCAUCGGCCGACGAUAGUUUGUCUGCUCUCAAAAGCGAUAAAGGAUCAGGAACAGGUAAAGGGUUCAACGUCCAAAAGGAAUAUUCCCUUAUGCUUGAUUUGUCACCGGUCAUAAUAUUCAGUAAAAGCGUCUGCCCGUAUAGUAGGAACAUGAAAGAACUGCUUGAGAAUGAGUAUCAAUUUCUACCAAAUUACUACAUCAUAGAGCUUGAUAAACAUGGGCAUGGGGAAGAGCUGCAGGAGUACAUCAGGUUAAUGACCGGUAGAGGGGCUGUUCCGAACCUUUUGAUCAAUGGGAUAUCAAGAGGCGGUAACGAAGAAAUUAGGGGACUGCACUCUCAAGGGAAACUUCUGGGAUCAUUACAAGCCUGGAGUAACGGAAAAUUCUCUGUAGAGCAGCGUGAAAAGCCUUCGAACAAUUGA